AUGAUCUAUCUAUCUAUCUAUCUAUCUAUCUAUCUAUCUAUCUAUCUCACUCUGACCAUUAUCUCUCUCUUUCUCUCUAUCUAUCUCAUUCUGACCAGUAUCUAUCUAUCUAUCUAUCUAUCUAUCUAUCUAUCUAUCUAUCUAUCGCAGUUCGUUCUUCUCUAUCUAUCGCAUCUCUUCAUAUCUAUCUAUCUAUCUAUCUAUCUAUCUAUCUAUAGCAGUCUCUUCAAUAUCUAUCUAUCUAUCUAUCUAUCUAUUUCUUUCACACCCGCAUAUUUCAUAUCUAUCUAUCUCUUUCACACCCGCACAUAUACAGAAUUGUUUCGUUCUGUUUCUCCAUUUCUUUCUUCUCGUCACUUUCUCAGAUUUGUUUAUAGGUCCGUCGUUCAUCUUGCUACCCGUCGGAUAAACCUUUUCUUUAUCCGCGCCAUCCACAAAAUAACAACACCAGUAAUAAUAAGAAAGGGUCAAUUUCUUCUUGACCCACCGCUCCAGUCCCCAGGCGAUCACGUGAUGUCUAGCCCGGGAGAAGAAGAAAAAAGAAAAACAUCAGGGAAACCCCCUUCAGUGAGACACAGUGGAAGGUGCCUACCUGACACUUACGAUCAAACGGUUGGGGGCAGGUGGACAAACGCGUGA